AUGUUAAAAUUAUCAUUUGUAUUGCGUAGAAAUAUGUCUCAGUCAGUUACGAAACUUAUAAAUAAUGCAGAUAUAGCUGAAAAAAGGCUAGCCGAAUUACGUAAAAAGCUGGAAGAGGUGAAAAAGUUUAAAAUAGAAGAAAAGAUCAAACAGCUAAUACAAGAAAAUACUACUUUGUCGGCGAAGGUAAACGCUGCGAAGGCAGAGUUAAUAGGUUUGGAAAUAUCACACGGAAAGAGGCAGUAUGCGAUACCUGGUAAAACAGACCUGCUGGAAACAACCAAGAUUGUUACAACUAUUCAAGAUUCCGUUUGUAAUGAAAAACCAAUUAUCGAUAAAAAGGAGAAGAAAGUCAAAGAUUCUAACAAAAAACCCAAAGAUAAACCUAGUGAAUCGGCUGAUAUAGCAGUAGAUGUAAGGAAACUAGAUUUUCGGAUUGGAAAAAUUGUUGAGAUUAGUAAACACCCUGAUGCUGAUUCUUUGUAUGUGGAAAAAAUAGACUGCGGUGAAGAAAAUCCACGAACUGUUGUGUCUGGUUUAGUAAACCAUGUUCCAAUAGAUGAAAUGCGAGAAAGAAUAGUUAUGGUACUCUGCAACUUGAAACCAGUUAAGAUGAGAGGUGUAACAUCUGAAGCCAUGGUAAUGUGUGCAUCAUCUGCUGAAAAAGUUGAAGUUUUAAUACCUCCACCUGAUGCUAUACCAGGGGAUUUGGUUGUAUGUGAAGGAUAUCCUAGAGAGCCUGAAGCUGUGCUUAAUCCCAAAAAGAAAAUAUUUGAGACUUGUGCACCUGAUUUAAAAACAAAUAAUGAAAAGAUAGCCUGUUAUAAGGGUAAUCCAAUAAUUGUACCAGGAAAAGGUCCAAUAAUUGCACCAACUUUAAUCAAUGUUAAUGUAAAAUAAAAUAUAUACAUCAAUAAA